UCACAUCUUUGCUCCAGGCUGUGAAUCCACACCGCUCGAUGCGUCUGGCACGUCGUCUCUGUUUGUUACUUUAGCCUGGCUGCAUACAGAGGUGUUUCUGUGCGACGUGGAGGCAUUUCUCCUCGGCUAAGACAACACAUUCAAAAUGACAGGACUACCUCACCUUAGUUAAAAAACAACUGGAACGGUAGUUUGCGAUGGGCAUAAGUCAAAGCUCAAUAGUACCCGACGGGGGGACAAGUGGAUACCAUGUCCAUGGGAUCCAAGACAACUCCCCUGCACACCAUGCUGGUUUGGAGCCAUUCUUUGACUUCAUCCUAUCAAUAGGAAACACCAGACUGAACAGAGAGAAUGACCUGCUGAAGGCCCUUCUGAAGGCCAACGUGGAGAAGGCAGUGAGGCUGGAGGUGUGGAGCAACAAGGCUCUUAGGGUCAGAGAGCUGGAGGUGGUUCCUAGCAACAUGUGGGGGGGCCAGGGGCUCCUGGGGGCUUCUGUACGCUUCUGCAGCUUCCAGGGAGCCCAUGAGAAGGUCUGGCACGUCCUGGAUGUGGAAUCUAAUUCCCCAGCAGCGUUGGCUGGCUUGCAGGCACACCAAGACUUCAUUGUUGGAGCGGACCAGGUGUUGCAAGAUUCUGAGGACUUGUUCACCCUGAUCGAGAGCAACGAGGGCAAGCCUCUGAAGCUGCUGGUCUACAACACUGGGACAGACCUCUGUAGAGAGCUGGUGGUUACCCCCAAUGGAGCCUGGGGCGGAGAGGGCAGCUUAGGUUGUGGUAUUGGAUACGGCUACUUGCACCGAAUCCCAAGCUGUCCUGUUAACCUGAACAGCCAUGGGGCCCUUCCUUUACCUGAUGACAACAGCAGAACCCGAGAGAUCCCCCCUGGCCACCACACUGAGCCGGGUGAAGGAGUGUUGGGUCCGCAGCAGCCCAUCCAGGUCCCCUCUCUACAUCUACCUCCUCCCAUCCAGAGAAUCAUGGACCCAGGACUCCCCCAGAGGAAGUUGCCACCACUAUGUAAUUUCCUGUCCUAG